CCCCCCUACCCCACUUCACGACUACAAAAAUGGUCUUAUUCUUCCAUUUUCAUCACCACCGGCACGAUCACCGCUACCUCAAUCGACUAAAUUCUCAAUUUUAAGUUGGUUUUGUAACUUAGUUGUUCUUUUUAAUUUGUCGAAAUGACUUCUUUUUCUGUUAAAUUUUCAGCUACUUCACUUCCAAAUUCUAAUAGAUUUUCCAAACUUCAUGCUACUCCACCGCAGACGGUGGCGGUACCGUCGUACGGGGCGGCGGAGAUAGCUGCUGAAAGACUAGAGCCUAGAGUUGAGCAAAGAGAUGGGUAUUGGGUAGUUAAGGAUAAGUUCAGACAAGGCAUAAAUCCAGCUGAAAAGGCGAAGAUUGAAAAGGAACCAAUGAAACUAUUCACUGAAAAUGGUAUCGAAGAUCUUGCUAAGAUCUCGCUUGAAGAGAUCGAGAAAUCAAAGCUAACUAAAGAAGAUAUUGAUAUUCGCCUCAAGUGGCUUGGACUCUUCCAUCGGAGAAAACACCACUAUGGUCGAUUCAUGAUGCGAUUGAAGCUUCCAAAUGGAGUAACGACGAGUGAUCAAACUCGAUAUUUAGGUAGUGUGAUUAGGAAAUAUGGGAAAGAUGGAUGUGGUGAUGUGACUACAAGGCAAAAUUGGCAGAUUCGUGGGGUUGUGUUACCUGAUGUGCCUGAGAUUCUAAAGGGGCUUGAUGAAGUUGGCUUGACUAGUCUGCAGAGUGGCAUGGAUAAUGUUCGAAAUCCGGUGGGGAAUCCUCUCGCAGGGAUUGAUCUUCAUGAAAUUGUAGACACAAGGCCUUACACUAAUUUGCUGUCCCAAUAUGUCACCGCCAAUUUUCGUGGCAAUGUGGAUGUGACUAACUUGCCAAGGAAGUGGAAUGUAUGUGUAAUAGGGUCACAUGAUCUUUAUGAGCAUCCGCAUAUCAAUGAUCUUGCGUAUAUGCCUGCAACCAAAGAUGGACGAUUUGGAUUCAACCUGCUUGUGGGUGGAUUCUUCAGUCCGAAGCGAUGUGCAGAGGCAAUUCCUCUUGAUGCAUGGGUUCCAGCUGAUGAUGUAGUCCCUGUUUGCAAAGCUAUAUUAGAAGCUUAUAGAGAUCUUGGUACCCGAGGGAACAGGCAGAAAACAAGAAUGAUGUGGUUAAUUGACGAACUGGGUGUUGAAGGAUUCAGGGCAGAAGUUGUGAAGAGAAUGCCCCAAAAGAAGCUAGAUAGAGAAUCUUCAGAGGAUUUGGUCCUGAAACAAUGGGAAAGGAGAGAGUACCUUGGCGUGCAUCCGCAGAAACAGGAAGGAUACAGCUUUGUUGGUCUUCACAUUCCGGUUGGUCGUGUCCAAGCAGAUGACAUGGACGAGCUAGCUCGUUUGGCUGAUGAGUAUGGUUCAGGAGAACUCCGGUUGACUGUUGAACAGAACAUCAUUAUUCCCAACAUCGAGAACUCAAAGAUCGAUGCAUUACUCAAUGAGCCUCUCCUAAAGAACAGAUUUUCACCUGAUCCACCUAUUCUCAUGAGAAAUUUGGUGGCUUGUACUGGUAACCAAUUCUGUGGGCAAGCAAUAAUCGAGACUAAAGCACGUUCAAUGAAGAUAACCGAGGAGGUUCAACGUCUAGUCUCUGUGACACAGCCAGUGAGGAUGCACUGGACAGGUUGCCCAAAUACAUGUGGACAAGUUCAAGUUGCCGAUAUCGGAUUCAUGGGAUGCCUGACUAGAAAGGAAGGCAAAACUGUUGAAGGUGCUGAUGUUUUCUUGGGUGGCAGAAUAGGGAGCGACUCGCAUUUAGGAGAAGUUUAUAAGAAGUCUGUACCAUGUGAGGAUUUGGUACCAAUAAUCGUCGACUUACUAAUUAACAACUUUGGUGCUGUUCCAAGAGAAAGAGAAGAAACAGAGGAGUAAUCUAAAAUCUUCAGAAUGUACUUUUUAUGAUAUUGAAAUAUUUCCAAGGUACAGCAUUGUAAGUUAGUAAAAUAAUCACAACAUGAGAUGUUGUUAACAUGUUCAUGUGUGACAUAGCAUGAUGCAAAUACUUGAACUUGUUUCAAAAUAUAAUCACAUUGUGUAUUCUUUUGGAAAUACUCAUCCAAACUAAAAGGCUUUUGAAUUGUUGAAUUCCUAAUAAUACAUUUUUUAAAAUGUAAUUUGAUAUU